AAAAUGAAGUCCUUAAAGUGGGGAGUGCCGGGCGCAUUCGUCGCAGUCCUCAUCGUUGUCGGUGUUGUUGUGGCAUUCGUAUUAACUAGUAAAAAGGGGAAGGCAGAAGAGGGACCGGUCAUGUAUUUCGCCAUACAUCUUGGAGAUGAAGCAGGGUUGUCACGAAUGCGUGCUUUGAAGUCUACACAAGAGCGUUGCAGUCUUGAAAUAAAUGCAAAAAACUCGCGAGAAGCGAUCCGACACAUGAAUGAUGUGGAUCAACGGUAUGCCUUCAUCUUCUACGCGGAUAGUAUAGAUGCGACAGCGCCAAUGACCGCCACAGAGGCUCUUCAACGUCUGAAUCAGUUACAGUCUGUGCCUGGUUCAUCAUAUAAUCAAGAAUCGUGA